AUGUCUUCAAAUUCAAGAGCAUUAAGGAAUUCAUUAAAUGAUUUGGAAAAUGCCAUGGAAGUGAGAAUUAAUCAUAAUAAUGAUAUGAACGGAGAUUGCUUUUGUAGACGUGUUUUGAAUUCGCCAUAUGGUUUUGUAGAAUGCUGCGGUACCAUUGGGCACAAAGAAUGUCUCAUAAAUUUUGUAUCAGAGUAUAAACGUUGUCCUUCCAUGGAUUGUCUAAGAAGGGCCAAAGAAGAAGAUGUUAAAGAUUUUAAUCCGCCAGGAAUUAAUAUUUUACGAGAAAUUAUUUCACCAAAUAAUAUAUUAUCCUUUUUGAAAUAUUUAUGGAGCAUGGUGGUCAGUUUUGUUAAAAAUGUUAGUUUAGCUGAUAGUAAAUUGAUUACUACGUUGAUUGGAGCGUUUAAUCAUUUUUUUACUGGCAAGCCUUCAAUUAGUGGUGGAACUGCUGAUAGUAAAAAUAUGAAUGUAGAUACUUUUAAGAAAUCGAAAUUACGAUGGAUUAUAGGGUUUAUAGAUAGAAACAAAGGUUCAAUGAUUUUGUUGGCUGUUGCGUUGGGUAAUUUAAAUUAA